AGCUUCGGCACAUUUGAUGUUACUAACAGCACUGGACUGAACUGCAAGGCUGUCGCGAACCACUCUGUCAGCCACAGCCGCCUCCACCGUCUGUAGUAUUGGGUAAAAUAACUAUGGAGUGAGAAAGAAAAAUGGCAGACAAAUAAGUAAAGCGAGUAUACAAUUUCCAGGCACUGGAAUUGCCAAUAUAACGUUAUAAGUUUGUAAACAGAAGCACAGACAUUUAAAAUAGCAAUCACCUUCCGUAUGUUUAUGGAGGAAAAAAAAUCGAUAUUUGCAUACUUGGGACCAUGGUCGUAAUCACGUGAUCAUUGUUUCCGAGAAUUUCUCCCGUGGGAUUUCCAUACUUGCAUAAAUUCUAUUUAUGCAAAUAAACGGCGGUGGUUUCAGUAUUGCCUAUUGAGCAUGCGCAUCUCAACUGCAUAUUAACCACUACGGUACUACAGUUUAGUACAGUAUAUGUAUGAGUCGCUCUAUAACAAUGUUUUGGAAUUUAAAUAAUUUUAAUACUAUGACAUCACAGAACGAUGAAAAUGUAUGCGCUCUUUAAUCUGUAAUCUCCGUGGUACAGGCAACCUACAGUGCGUUUACCCAGAGCUUGGAAAAGUUACUUUUUUUGAACUACAACUCCCAUCAGCCCAAUGCAGUGGCCAUGCUGUGUGUUUACCACGCGGUUUGCAUAAUUAUGGACUGGCUAGUCAGGCCGUACUGCGUCUGAGUUUAUGUGGCACGCUGGGAAAUGUAGUAUCCCUGAAAGUUGUAUACCACGUAUAUACAUCUGAAUCCCACGGAACGAAAGAAAGGGUUGGAUCGGCUAUCGCGAGACUUUGCAGUUGGUCGGCCAUCGCGAGAAGGCAGAGGUUUGAAUCCUCGACUGCUGCCCGCCAAACUGUUGCUGCGGCUGGUUCACGAGAGUGAUGAUCUGCUCUUUGUGGAGUGUUAGUUUGCCCACAUGUUUUUGAAACCUACCAACAAGCAUCUACAAAUAUCCAAGGCUGAGAGCUAAACUCGAAAUCAUGGACUCUGGUACUAAAUUUGUUGAAACUCUAAAGAGGAUUGGAUAUCCAAAGGCAAAUUCUCUCAAUGGAGAAGACUUUGACUGGUUGUUUGAGACAGUGGAAGAUAAGUCAUUUUUGGAAUGGUUUUGUACAAAUUUGAAUGAGUGUCAUGCUUUAUCUGAAGAAGAGCUGAGGUCAUUUAACCUGCUCCUUAAAUCAGGAAAGCCUGUGUUAGAAGAGGAGGCUCUCAACGAAGCUCUAAAGACGUGUAAGCCUCUUAAAUUUAACACCAACAGUUGCAAUGAAGAAGAAGAAAAAGAAGAAAAACUUAAAAUAUUAGAAGAUGAACUUCAGACUCUUCAAAAGAGAAAAAAUCUAAAAAUUUGUCAUCGUCACAAGCUUCAAAUGAUGGCCUCAGCCAAUAACAUUAUGUCCCUGAAACUGAAAGAAAUAGGAGAGGAAGCACCUAAAACCCUGAAAGAAGGUCAAGGAAUUCUCAAUACCAUAAAUACAAAGAUAAACCAUGAGCUGCAGUCUCUUGCUCAAAAAAUUGGGAAGUUGACCUCCCUCUUUGCUGUUGCAUCCAAACAAAAACUGGACGCUCAUCCCGUCCUGUUAGCCCAACUUGCCUUAGAAAAAUACUUGUGUCAGGAAGAACAAAGCACUGCAGCCCUUACUUUGUAUACAAAAAAACAGUUUUUCCAAGGUAUAUCUGAAUUGGUUGAAAGUUCUAAUGAAGAAAAUUUCCAGCUUGUAGAUAUAAGGAAUUCUUUCACUACCGAUGAGAGCAAUGAUGUAUGUGAGGAAAGGUUAGAGCUAUCUAGGCUGCAGCUGGCAUAUGUUUGUGCUCAGCAUCAACUGAUUCAACAGAAAGCUAUGAAUCUAAGCAUGAGAUCAGGUCUCCAGUGGGCAGAAGAUAAUAUUUGUUCUUUAAAGAAGACUCCUGGAAAAGAAAAAUUUGAAGCUAGAAUUUCUAGCUUGAACAAUGAAAUUUUAAAAAUAAAAAAACACUUGGCUCAAAUAAACAAUGAAACUCUACCCUUGCUAGUAAAGGAAAAUGCAGAGUUAUUAAAUAUGCCAGUGGUGAGGGGCGACUUUGAUUUACAGAUUGCUCGACAGGACUACUACACAUCAAGACAAGAUCAGAUUUGUAAUCAGUUGAUCAAACAGAAGGCAUCAUUUGAACUUAUUCAGUUGGCUUAUGAAAUUGAGUUCAGAAAACUUAGGGAUAAUAGCCAUCACCUGGAAAAUAUGGUACGGGAUCUGAAACAGAGCAAUAAUAGUUUGGCGCAAGUACUAGAAACCAUGUCAGAGCCAUCAAUAUCCCAUCAUAAAAUAACAAGAAUCACUAUUGAUUCAAAGGAUAAUGCUACACAUAGGCUGUGUCAACUUCUGGAAGGAAAGAAUCCAAAACAGUUAUUCAGAACACAUGAAGGCCUUGAGCAGAUGGCUGAAAAAUUGCAUCUAGACACAAUAUCAGUGGCUGAUCAACUAGCAGUAUCUAGCCAAGAACAAAUUCUUCUCAUGUCAAAGAUGGAUAUUGAUCUAGUCUCCCUUCACAAUUCUAUGUACCAUGGAGGAGAAAGAGUCUGUCUUAGUAACCAGGAACUGGCUGAACAGUUUCAUCAACUGGAAUUUCUGUUGAAUAAACUAAAUCAGCUUAUUAUGGAUUUUCUGGCUGAUAUAAAGGCUAAAAAGAAGGUUUUGGAGAAUGAUAAAUUACAACAGAUGGAAAGAAAACUGUGUGUGUACUUUUUCAAAGAUGAAGAACGUUUGAAGACUGCAGUGGAGAGAAUAGAAGAACAGGCUAAGGCUCAAGACCUAUCUUAAAGUUUAAAUUUUAGACUGUUUUUGUUUUAAAAAUUUUAUAUUCUUAUAUUGAACCUUGAAAUGUAACAAGUGCGAGGAAACUUGGGCUGUUCCUACAGCUUCAGAAAAGCAAAAAGCAGGUGGGGAGGACCACAACCACACAGUUGCUUAUUUGGGCAAUUGUGUAUCUUAAAACAGUUUGAGUAUUUAAAAAAAUCUGGGAAAUGCCUUCAGAAGAUAAAGCCUUCCCCUUUUAAGCUAACUGAAAACUAACAAUUAGGAACAGCCAGGGUAACAAAUGGGGAAAAGUCUAUGGGUGAUGUGCAACUAAACCAUACUAUGAAUUAUGAUUCAAUGGAUGUCAGUGGAUUUAAGAGUAUGAUUUAGUUUUAUAUUGUCCUACAAAGAGUUGUUACAAGGCCUCUUAUAUUUAUAUAAGGACUCAGGUCCUGCUUGUGGGCUUCCCCCAGGCACCUGGUUGGCCACUGUAAGAACAGGAUGCUGGACUAGAUGGGCCACUGGCCUGAUCCAGCAGGCUCUUCUUACGUUCUUAUUAUACAAUAUUGGAUAAGAAGGUCUGCCAGAUUUUAUUCAGGAGGAAGAGCACCAACUCAAAAUGCGAAGAACACUUCAUAACCCAUAAAUUGGCCCAUUGUUUUUUCUUUCUAGAAUUAUUUUUCUGUUAAUAUGAAUUAGACCACAUACAGUAUAUGCAUAAAAACAUUUCUAGUAUGCCUAUUUGUGCUUAAUGCUUGUACAGACUUUAGUCUUACAUUAUCUACCUCAGAAUUUUCUUCCCUGAUGCUCUACUAUAUUCUCCACAGAGACUAUCCACAACCAUUCACACAAUUGGAAAGGCAGGACUUAAGACUGCAGUCUUGCACCUACUUACCUGGGGUUAGCUCCAAAUAUAGUAGGACUUACUUCUGAGGAGAAAUGUAUAGGAGUAUACUGUGCUUAAUGCACAAUUAAGGAUUGCUACCUUUAAACUCAGUGCUAUAAGACCACAUUCCUUAGUAUACUUAUUUUCCAUAAGUCCUAUAGACUUCAUCUGAACUUCCAAGUUAAAUGCAUUUUAGAUUAGGCUGUAAAUGUUGAUGCAAUUGAAAUAUGAUUCAGAAUGUUAUGUAAAUGCUGUAAACCACUAAUACAUUUUAACACCUUCA